CCCCGUCGCGUCAUGUUAGAAAGCGCCGCGGCGGCCAUGUUGGUCUCUACCCUCGCCGUGGCCGAGGCUGGCGCCGGGAGCGUGGGGUUGGCAUAGCUGACAUCGCAAUGCUGGGGUCCCUGGUGUGGAGGAGGACAGCGCCGGCACCGAGGCUCCUCCUGCGGCUCCUCCGGGCCCGGCAGCCCAGCUCCCGCGGGGCCUCCCUGGGCCAGAAUGGGGCCGCCAGGGACCGCGGGGAAGCGCAGUACCUGAGAGCUGCCGCCGGGGGGCGGUCCUCAGCGCAGCCGCAGUAUGUCGGAGCGGUCUCUUGGCAGAGCCGGGACGGGCUGCCACAGGGCCUCGGGGCGGCCACGUGGGGGCGUCUUCCCGGCCCCGAAGAAAGCCCGUGGUCGGGCCGCUGGAGCGGAGUCCCGAACGCGGCCGGACUGGGCAUGUGGGCCUUGGCGUCUGCGCUGGUUGCUCAUUGCUACAGCAAGAGCCCCGCCAAUAAGGAAGCUGCCCUGCUGGAAGCAGCCAGGACCAACAAUGUCCAAGAAGUCAGCAGGCUCUUGUCCGAAGGUGCCAACGUGAACGCCAGGCACAAGCUAGGCUGGACAGCCCUCAUGGUGGCAGCAAUCAGCAGAAACUAUAGUGUCGUGCAAGUCCUGCUGGCUGCAGGGGCUGAUCCCAACCUAGGGGAUGAAUUCAGCAGUGUCUACAAGACCGCCAAGGAGCAAGGUGUCCACUCCCUGGAAGUCCUGGUGACCCGAGAGGAUGACUUCAACAAUCGACUGAACAACCGGGCCAGCUUCAAGGGCUGUACAGCCUUGCAUUAUGCCGCCCUGGCUGAUGACUACCGAACUGUAAAGGAGCUGGUGGACGGAGGAGCCAGCCCCCUGCAGUGUAAUGAAAUGGGUCACACACCAGUGGAUUAUGCCCGUGAUGGAGAGGUCAUGAAGCUCCUGAAGGCCUCAGAGACCAAGUACCAGGAAAAGCAGCGAAAGCGUGAAGCUGAGGAACGUCGACGCUUCCCUCUCGAGCAGCGGCUAAAGGAGCACAUCAUUGGCCAGGAAAGUGCCAUUGCCACAGUGGGAGCAGCGAUCCGGAGGAAGGAGAAUGGCUGGUACGACGAGGAACACCCACUUGUUUUCCUUUUCUUGGGAUCGUCAGGGAUAGGGAAAACGGAGCUGGCCAAACAGACAGCCAAGUACAUGCACAAGGACGGCAAGAAGGGCUUCAUUCGGCUGGACAUGUCUGAGUUCCAGGAGAGACACGAGGUGGCCAAGUUCAUCGGCUCCCCACCUGGCUACAUCGGCCAUGAGGAAGGGGGCCAGCUAACCAAAAAGCUGAAGCAGUGCCCCAAUGCUGUGGUGCUCUUUGACGAGGUGGACAAAGCCCAUCCAGAUGUCCUCACCAUCAUGCUGCAGCUAUUCGAUGAGGGCCGCCUAACAGACGGGAAAGGGAAGACCAUUGACUGCAAGGAUGCCAUCUUCAUCAUGACAUCCAACGUGGCCAGUGAGGAGAUCGCCCAGCAUGCCUUGCAGCUGCGCCAGGAAGCCCUGGAGCUCAGCCGGAAUAGGCUCGCUGAGAAUCUUGGGGAUGUCCAGCUGAGCGACAAGAUCACCAUCUCAAAAAACUUCAAGGAGAAUGUGAUUCGACCAAUCCUUAAGGCUCACUUCCGGAGGGAUGAGUUUCUGGGCCGGAUAAAUGAAAUUGUCUAUUUCCUUCCCUUCUGUCACUCGGAGCUUAUUCAACUGGUCAACAAGGAGCUGACAUUCUGGGCAAAGAGAGCCAAACAAAGGCAUGACAUCACACUGCUUUGGGACCGAGAGGUGGCAGACGUGUUGGUAGAUGGUUACAAUGUUCAUUAUGGUGCCCGUUCCAUCCGACAUGAGGUGGAGCGCCGAGUUGUGAACCAGCUGGCAGCUGCGUAUGAACAGGACCUACUUCCAGGCGGCUGCACCCUUAGAAUCACAGUGGAAGACUCGGAUAAGCAGCUCCUGAAGACACCUGAGCAUCCCUCAACCCAGUCAGAGAAGCGGCCACCCAAGCUUCGACUGGAGAUUGUGGACAAGGAUAGCAAGAGCCGCAAGCUGGACAUUCGGGCACCCCUCCACCCCGAGAAAGUUUCCUCUACACUCUAGCCCCAACCCAUCUCCCCAGCAAGGCUAUACCAUGCCCUAGAAAACAAUAAAGUCUGGUCAGAUGUGGCUCCUGAAACCAGUGCCCCUGACCCCAGGAGGACCAGAGCCCAACUAAUUCCUCGUGGCACCCAGCUCUUGAGAGACAGGAUUGGGGGUGGAGAAGAUGCUACUACUGGAAAUCUUCCUGUCCUGUCCUCCCAGUUCCAGGGUAGGGACAGUUUACUUGCACCCUUUCUAGACUCUGGAUUAUUUAUUUUGAUUCUUUCUUCAUCUAGGACAUCCGUGGCCAGGGUCCAGCCUUCACCACUGAACAGUAGAGCUGCUGAGCAGGUCCCAGCCAGUCUCAUCCCCUUCCCCAUUGUCAUAAAGCCACCCACGGGAAGGCCCCAGUUGAUCUCCCCACCCUCUCCUGUGGCCUUCAUCUGGGGCUUGGAGGGGCAAGAGGGAAGAUUGGGAGGCAUCCCAGCUUAUGCCCGCUCCUGCUUUUUAUUCCCCACCCACCACUACCACUAGCCAGAGAGGCCCCACUCCAGGCCAUAAGGUACUGUGUGUACAGCCAGUGCUGGAGCCUAGGCUUCCUAGGAACCCAGCCAGAGGGUCAUGGGGCAGAUAACAAGCAAGGUGAUCCCCACACUACCUAAAGGCCUUCAGAGGGGAGUCUUGGGUCAGUUAAGUUGCCAAGAAACCCUCUACUUGGAGAUACAGGGAAAAAUCAGCAAAAUCAAGUCAGCUAACCUGGCCAGUUGUCCAGACAGCUCUCUUCCUCUCAGUGGUGCCUUCCACAGGGCUGUCCCUGGAAUGAGUGUGAGAAAGGGCUUGGUGCAAGAGGACCAGGAUUUACAUUUCGUCUUCCCCCAUCCCUGGGGCAGCUCAGGGCACCUGCACUAUGAAUGAGAGACAUGGUGGAGAGGUGGCGGGCAGGAAGGCAAGGAGGGAGCCUGUGAGGGACCUGGGAGACUGGGCAUGGGUGGGCAGGGGAGGAGACAGUAAGGGACCGGAGAGAUCGUGUUGUGUGGUGUGAGUGGAAUCAGUGAGCGACAAGAGAGACUGUGCAGGGCUCAGCGGCUGGCAAGGCCGACUGAGAUUCAGGGUCUGCCCUCAUCUGCUCUUGUCUACGCUGAGUCUUCCUGAAAUAAACGCAUUCCAAAUGUA